AUGCCCCCAGUAACUCGCUUGGAAGAGCAAACCCAGGCGCGACGGUGUCUGAAACUUCGCCGUCUGCUUUUAAAUUGUAUGAGUGAGAUGCUGGAAAAAUACACCGAAGCGAAACGGAAACUUCGAGUAUAUGCAGACUCUACUAAUCUCGGAAAGUACUACGAUAUCUACGACUCAUCCCCAGAGGAGCUGGACGAAACAGAGUCGACUCUAACAGAUACCGGUUUAGAGGACAAAACGUCACUCAAGUCGCUUCGAACUUUGUUUACCCGUCUCUAUGCAGUAAGGACGAGUAUGCUAUGCUGUUUGUUGGCAUUGCCAGCAGAUGGAACCCAGUUAGAUGCGAAAAGAUGGGGUAUUGCCGUCGAUGAAAUGCAACAACUCGGGACUUCGAGCGGCGCCUGUAUCCAGAGGCUAACGGACAUUCUUCAGGAGCAAGAUCAAACAUCCCCAAGGCCUAAGCUUACCCCCGCCACCAGGGAGCGUCAUCGAGCUCAACUGCGUCGAUUGAACUCCUUGUCCCAGGGGAUCCGAAGUCUCCAUGCUAAAAUGCAUCUAAUUCGUGAGGAGUCAGAUGCUUGCCUUGAGAAAGCUGGCGAAGAAUCCGAGCUUAACAGCACACUCGUAUUUCAGUAUGAGUCAAUUGGUGCUGAUUUAAGGGGCUUGCUACAAGAAUGGGAGGCCGGAAAAUCGACAUUGAUGGCCAAUAUCGAACGCCCCGAACGGCUUUCACGUCCUCCCAGCAUAUUGAGGUCCCCUAUAUCUCCGACAUUCAGCCUUAGUGGUACCACUGCCGUUGAUGGGAGCCCUGCUGCUGCGCUUCGCGCGUUGAAUGGGGAAGAUUUGACUCUCCCGAGUCCCGACCAUAAUAUGGAAGACGAAGAGAUUUUUGAAGCUAUCGCCCUUCCACGUAAACGAAGCUCGAUGACGCGAGAGGAGAGAAUUGCCCGUGUGAAAGAGGACCGGGCUAAACAAGCUGCUGCGAGAGAGCGGACGGAUGCAAAUACGCGCAUGCUUCGGGAGUUGGAGACUGUCAUCAAGCUUCGGCCCCGAGCCAAAGAUGGGACUAGAGUGACCAGCAUCUAA